GAUUGGCGUCGAGCGGCUCUGCGAUCUUUGUCCGCGCUUCGAAGGCCUCUCCGGAAGGCUUGACGCUGCCACCGACUCUUCGCGCUGCAGCAAGGUCAGGCCGGCCGCCCGACAGCACCCACAUUCCUCAGCGACACCCACCACACGGCCGGACCACCGAUAACACCCUCGCUGAAUGAGACCGGAGACCAGUGCGGCUCUGGCCUUGACCAACACGAGCGCCGCCGCAGUCACCGAAGAACCACACAAAGCUUGGACAUAAUCACUCACGGAGCUCUCACAACAUGAAUGGACUCGCUGGACAACCCGCCGGUCAGAUGUAUGUCCGCGCGCUGUACGACUACGAGGCCGACGAUCAGACCAGUCUGAGCUUCCGACAGGGCGACAUCAUUCAGGUCAUCACUCAGCUCGAGAGUGGAUGGUGGGACGGCGUUAUACAUGGCACUCGCGGCUGGUUUCCAAGCAAUUAUUGCGCUGUCGUAUCGCAUCCUUCCGACUCAAACGCGUAUGGCAGGAAUGGGAGGGCAGGAGAUUCAGAGGCUGAAGAGUCGGAGGAGGAGUUUGGCGAACAUGACAACACAACUCCUGCGACGAGCAACGGGCAUCGCGAUGGAGCUGCAACAAGCACACAGGAAGAGGCGGCGUUCUGGAUACCACAGGCCACUCCAGAUGGUCGGCUAUUCUACUUCAACACAUUGACUGGCGAGAGCACCAUGGAGUUGCCCUUGGAGGCGCCGACAUCCGCCAACGAGACCGGACCACGAGAUCGCACGAACAUUUAUAUCCCCGAACAGACGCGACCGCCGGCGGAGUUUUUGGCCGCGGGCUACGAACGUGAUGAAGAUACGGACUACGCCUCAGCGUCCGAGGCUGAAGACGCGUCGGUAGCACAAGGAUCAAAGUCCUCAAGCACGCAUCGACGCAGGCGUUCGUUUCUGUCCGACGGAGUGUCACCUGCAACAUCCAUGGAUUCUCUGAGCGCUCCAUCUCCGAUGAGCCGCUCGCGCACGAAUCUCACCGACGCCAACAACCUGUCCCUAUCCGCUAUGCAGCAGGGUUUGCCGCCGAACGGUACUACCGCCACCUCUUUUGCCCAUGCGCCUGCCGGCGGUUCGAGCCUUUCAUUACUACCUCGGAGGUUCUUUGACGACGCCCACGCCGUUCCUUUGACCUGGAAUACCAUGGUAGAAGACAUGCGGCGCGCAGUGCAACGAUAUCGCGAAGUCAUUAAUCGCGGCGACCGCUCCGAAUACGUACGCAAAGCCGAGGACAUCUCAGACCACCUCCGUUUGUUGCUCGCCGCCGGGUCCGGCACCACCGACAACCAUUCUGGAAAUCCUUCCAUCAUCUCGACGAACAAGGCCCUUUAUCCUCAUUUCCGCGAGAUGAUGUCACGGUUCUCCAAGCUCGUUUUAUCUUCACACAUCGCCGCCGCAGAUUGGCCGGCGCCAGACUCAAAUCAGAAGUGCUUGCAGGAAGCUGAGGGUGUGCUCCACGGCGUGUAUGGUUUUGUCGAAGUGGCACGGCAACAACGCGGCGAAGAAAUUCCACGUCUGGUUCCGGGCUUUAUCUCGGGUUCCAAGACGGCGGGCAGCUGGCAGAACAAUGGACUCAACCCGCGGAACAACUUGGCGUCCAUGUCUUUCAUGGACGAGGAGGCUGACACCUCGGCUGAACCUAAUGCGACAUUGGAUGCAGCCCUUCUGGAACGCCUCGACGAUCUCAAACGACUGAUAGUGUCUAGCAUUCGUCGCCUGGACGAACAUCUGGUGCUCCGCGAGAAAUUGAUCACUCCGCAGAAGCAUCGCCACAUCAGCGAUAAAAUCUGCAGCUCCGGCAAACAGGUCAUCGAGGUCUGCCGGCCGUAUCUGUCCACGGUGGAGUCGAUCAACUUUGCUCCUCUCACCAACACAUUUCAGACACCACAGCUGAACGACUUCUCUGAACACAAGCAGAAACUGUACGAUUCAACGUCUGAUCUCAUCUUCGCUUGUCAGUCCGUUGCUGCCCCACUAGCGGACGAGUGGGCGGAGACCAGGGGACCAACGUUAGAAGAGCGCGUGACUCGAGUCAAGAGUGUGAGUCGAGAAUUGGACACCACUGCAUCACAAAUCCUCUUUUCUCUGCAACUCCUCUCCGAGCUCAUGCCUCAGGGAGAGGGCACAACCAAUCCGCACCGCCUGACGGAUGGUGGAGCGACGUACCAACAGCACAUGCGGAACGGGUCGAACAACCUGCGGCCGCAGCUGGCAGAGGUUGGACACUCCAAGUCAUUUACGGAAGGCACGAGUUCGCCGGCGGAUAUUGUCAGUGGAGAGAGCUCCAAGGUCAAGCGCUUCUUCGGCGAAGUCCCUGCAACGCCGCUGCCUGGACGUGAGUCCGAGGAUCAGCCUGACUACUUGAGAUUGGAUUAUGAGGGUGAGAUCGCAUACGAUGUCAAGUCGGAAGUACCCAUUCUUCGCGGCGGAACGCUCAUCGCCUUGGUCGAGCAGCUCACACGGCACGACCGGCUGGACUCGCCAUUCAACAACACUUUCUUGCUUACAUACCGCUCCUUCACCACGGCACCGGAACUGUUCGAGUUGCUUGUCAAGCGAUGGACCAUCCAACCUCCGUACGGACUUGGAGGUGCUGAUCUCGAGACGUGGGUCAAUCGAAAGCAGAAGCCAAUCAGGUUCCGUGUGGUCAACAUUUUGAAGUCAUGGUUUGACAACUACUGGAUGGAAGCGAAUGACGAGGCAAGCCAGCAGCUGAUGCAAAGAGUGUAUGCUUUCGCGAAGGAUACAGUGCAGUCGACCAGUACACCAGGCGCCGGGCCACUGAUGACCGCGAUCGAGCAGAGAAUGCGUGGUCAAGACGCAUCGAGCAAGCGCUUGGUAUUGACGAUCAAUUCCCAAGCACCGCAACCCAUCGUGCCGAAGAACAUGAAGAAACUCAAGUUUCUCGAUAUCGAUGCGCUGGAAUUUGCGAGACAAUUGACCAUUAUCGAGUCCAAGCUCUACGGAAAGAUCAGACCCACCGAAUGUCUGAACAAGACAUGGCAAAAGAAGCUGGCUCCCGGCGAGCCAGAUCCAGCCGAUAAUGUCAAAUCACUGAUCCUGCACUCCAAUCAGCUCACCAACUGGGUAGCGCAGAUGAUCCUCACCCAAGCAGACGUCAAACGACGAGUGGUCGUCAUCAAGCACUUCGUCUCCAUCGCCGACAAAUGCCGCAAUCUCAACAACUUCUCCUGCCUGACAUCUAUCAUCUCCGCGCUCGGCUCAGCACCCAUCCACCGUCUCAACCGAACCUGGUCUCAAGUCAACCAACGUACCACUCAAACUCUCGAAUCAAUGCGCAAACUCAUGGGCUCCACGAGGAAUUUCAACGAAUAUCGCGAAGCCCUCCACAAAGCGAACCCGCCCUGCAUACCCUUCUUCGGCAUCUACCUCACAGAUUUGACAUUCAUCGAAGACGGAAUCCCCGGUCUCAUUAAGAGAACACAACUUAUUAACUUCGCCAAGCGCGCCAAGACGGCAGAGGUCAUCCGCGACAUCCAACAGUAUCAAAAUGUGCCGUACGGCCUACAACCCGUGCAGGAACUGCAGGAUUACAUUUCGAAUAAUAUGCGAAGUGCGGGCGAUGUCCACGAGAUGUAUGAGCGGAGUCUGCAGGUCGAGCCGAGAGAACGGGAAGACGAGAAGAUCGCUAGGUUGUUGUCAGAGUCCGGCUUCUUGUAG